CCGUACGUCAUGUACUCGAUAGUUGAUGCAAUGCUGAAUCCCGUCCGGAUAUCCUCAUCCUCGCCCCCUCUCUAACACUGCACAUGGUCGACGCUGCAAAAGACCAGAAAGGACCCCAUAAGAUGCCCCAGCUCCCCACGCCCGCGCUUCCCGAGCCCGCGCAUCCAGAGGUAGACUCGAUGCUGAGCCGCCGGUUUGGCAAGGAGAUUGCGAAUUACUACUCCGGCUCCCCGUUAAACCGCGUCGGCUUCCUACGCACAGACAACACGUUCCUCUCGCUCGCACUCCGCCACCCCAGCACGACAGUCCUGCUCUUCAAGAACCUGGAGCCGCUUCUAAAAUCGCCCAGCGAGCUUGCCACCGUAACCUUCGACGACGUCAAGUCCGUCAUCGGCGAUGACCCGUUUGGCCGCCCCGAGGCAGACACAAUCGCCCAGUACAACUCCUCCCUGUACAUCCCGCAGAUCAUCUUCCUCGGGCUGGACGAGCGCAAAGAGAAGGAGGGGUUCGUGUACAGGGAGCAUUACAAGGGGCAGCCGUGGUUUGCCGUGGACGUGACGCCCAAAGAAAGCGUGACAGAUGCGGCGGAGAAGUUGAUCGAGAAGGUGAAGAGCGAGGGUCUGGACUUUUCAAAGGGGCGCAUGAACAUGAGUCUGCACGCGCAAGAAGCCGCCAUCUACGCCGAAGCCCGCCACCUCCUCGACUGGAACGCACGAAACCCCUUCUGCGCCUCCUGCGGCUACAAAACCCUCUCCGUAAACGCUGGCUUCAAACGCACCUGCCCGCCCGCCGACAUCGCAAACGCCGUAACCGACACAAACGCCCGCCCCCCCUGCGCAACACGCACCGGCAUCUCCAACCUCUGCUUCCCGCGCACAGACCCCACGGUAAUAAUGGCCGUCGUCUCCGCAGACGGGCAGCGCAUCCUACUCGGCCGCCAGAAGCGCUGGCCGCCGCACUGGUACAGCACGCUUGCCGGCUUCCUCGAACCCGCUGAGAGCGUCGAAGAAGCUGUGCGGCGCGAGGUGUGGGAGGAAUCCGGCAUUCACCUCGGGCGCGUGGUUAUUCACUCGACGCAGCCGUGGCCGUAUCCGGCGAAUCUGAUGAUUGGCGCGAUUGGGCAGGCGAUUCCUGAGGGGGAGACGGUGCAUUUGGGACAUGAUGCUGAGCUUGAGGAUGCGAAGUGGUUUAGUGCUGAGGAGGUUAGGGAGGCGUUGAGGGUUGGGACGAGUGGGCUGGGAGAGGAUGCGGGGAGUGAGUAUAAGGAGGGGGGGUUGAGGUUGCCGCCUUCGACUGCGAUUGCGAAUCAGCUUAUGACUGCGGUUGUGAAUGGGUUUGCGAGCGGGAGUCCGAUGAUUUAGGGGUGGGAUGUAGAAGGGGAAGAAGAAGAUAUAGAUAGAUAUACGGGGGGGGGGUUGUAGAUGCUAUCAAGUAAAGCAUUCAUUCGCAUCAUUAGAUUCAUGACCUUC